AUGCUGGCUCGGGCACAGAUGGCCGAUCGGGCAUGUGUCUUAUACUUGCUUAUUUUCUUAGGCAUACCUUACAAGUCAAUUGGAAACUUAACUUCGGGGUAUUCUAAGUUACACUAUGGAUUUAGACUGGAUAGGCCCAUGAUAGACUCCUUCGUCGAGUACAGUAUUCUAGACUGUGUGGGAGAAUGUCUCCGGACUACUCGAUGUUACUCACUUAAUUAUUAUAAAGGAGCAAACUACUGUGAACUUAAUUAUGAAAACAAGACCAGUGUACCAGGGAAAUUUGUAGAGAAUGAAGGAUGGAUCUACAGCGAAAGACAGGACUGGGACAAGGAACUAGCAGGGCCGUGCUCCAGUAAAGUCUGUGAAAUCAAUGAAAAAUGUAUCCAGAUAGGAUGUAACACUUCCUGUCAAAUAUUAGAUUGUGGGAUCCCUUUCACCAGUAGGAUGUCGUCAGACGUCGUGGAGCGGUGGGACGGUAUUGGUGUGGAAAGGCGAAUACAUGUCAAAUGUUCUAAUGAGUACCAGCAAAACGGAAGUGGAAUCUUUAUAUGUAACAAGAAUGGGAAAUGGAACAGUGAUAUGAGUUGUAAUGAGGACACCUCUUUGUCUGGGAGUUGUAGCCGAGACACAGCUGUUACGCACAAAGCAAAACACAGCGUGAGAGAUUCAGAACGGUGCAAGGACAAAAGAGAAUCCAAAUCAUUGAAUAUUGCGUCAUCUAAGUCAGUGUCCGCGAUAUAG